AUGGUGGUGGUCAGCGCGCAGGGGUACCAGGAAACAGCUCGCUUCUUCGAUCUGCAUCAGUGGGCAGCCCACAUGGACCUGAACCUGCGCUGGAUGGCAUCAUGCAUCCGAAGCUGGCUGUUCCAAAACCAGCGGCCAGCGCCCGUGAUUGAGGUGGAGCAGGGCCUCUUAUAUAUGAUGGAGAAUGAGGGGUUCCGGAUGUGGGACGCCAUCAGAGAUCACUCAUCUCUAGUACCGCUCGUGAACCGACCUGAUCUCCUUCUAAGGCUUCAUGACCACCUAGUUAACGUGGUGGUGUACGUGUACGAACCUGAACGGCUACUGGGCGGUGCUGGGCAUGUUGCAAGUAAAUGCCACCUGGCGGCCUUCUACCGCGGCAGCUUCUACAACUCCACCGACCAAACGCCCCAAGUGCAGGCCUUCCAGCUGCUGCGGUACCACCGGAACCCGUCGGCGCACGGGCUAGAACAUGCCGUCCCACCGGGCCCCGCCGACCCCAGCACGGUGCCACCGGCGCCUCUGCCAGCCGCCGCGAUGCCCCGAGGCUUCGUGCCGCGGGUGGCCGCGCAGCAGGGGGACACUCCGGUGCAGCUGAGUGGUCACUGUUCAUUCACUAUCUUCAACGAGCUAUGCACCUUAUAG